AUGACACUGACAGACCCCGUUAAGUCUGUAACUCUACUUUCCGUCUCCAAAGUCAUCUGCAGUUUUAGUCUCCUAUGCAUCGCCACUGCCGACGAUGCCGCCUUCAUGUCCAAGCUCGCCAAAGCCCUCACUCCCACGCCCUCGGGGUGGUCGGCCACCAGCUUCUGCAGCUGGACGGGCGUGGACUGCAGCGCCAACCGCGUCAUCUCAAUCAACAUCGCUUCGCAGUCACUCACCGGAACGCUACCUCCGGAUCUGAACUCCCUAUCCCAUCUCACCUCGCUCUAUCUCCAGGGCAACGCGCUCUACGGCGCGUUGCCUUCCCUCGCCUACCUCUCCAUGCUGGAAAGCGUCUACCUCGACGGCAACAACUUCACCUCCAUCCCCGACGGUUGCUUCCAGGGUCUCACUAAUUUACAAAGCCUCAGCAUGACAGACAGCAUCAACCUCGCUCCAUGGGCCAUUCCCACCGACUUGACUCAGUCCUCCAACCUCGUCAAACUCGACCUCGGAAACGCAAACCUCGUGGGUACUUUGCCUGAUGUGUUUGACUCCUUUGUGAGUUUGCAGGAGCUUUGUCUCUCUUGCAACAACCUCACCGGGGGUUUGCCAAAGACUUUCGCGGGAUCUGGGAUUCAGAAUCUGUGGCUCAAUAGUCAGAAGGACGGGUUCGGGUUUUCGGGUAUCAUUGAGGUGCUUGCUUCCAUGACCCACUUGUCUCAGGUGUGGCUUCACAAGAACCUUUUCACGGGUCCCAUUCCGGAUUUGUCAAAUUGCACCACUUUGUUUGAUCUGCAGCUGAGGGACAACCAGUUAACCGGUGUGGUUCCACCUUCUCUGAUGUCCCUUUCUAGUUUGCAGAACGUUUCUUUAGAUAACAAUGUGCUUCAGGGUCCUGUUCCUUCCUUUGGGAAGGGUGUGAAGGUCACUCUCAAUGGAGUGAAUAGUUUUUGUAGGAAAGAUGCUGGACCCUGCGAUUCUCGCGUCACCACUUUGCUUGAUAUUGCUAAGGAUUUCGGGUAUUCUCUUCAGUUGGCGCGUUCCUGGACCGGGAAUGAUCCUUGUGGCGAUUGGAGUUUCGUUGUCUGCGCUGCGGGGAAGAUUAUUACGGUGAAUUUGGCGAAGCAGAAUUUGACGGGAACGAUUUCGCCUGCAUUUGCCAAUUUAACUGAUUUGAGAAACCUGUAUCUCAAUAACAAUAAUUUGGGCGGUUCCAUACCGGGAGGCUUGACUACUUUGGCUCAGCUUGAGGUUCUGGAUGUGUCUUAUAACAACCUAUCUGGUGAUGUUCCAAAGUUCCCAACCAAGGUGAAGUUCAAUACUGCGGGUAAUGCUCUGCUUGGGCAUUCUGGAGGUGGUGGUGGCAGUGGAACUACUCCGUCAAAUGGUUCUGGUGAUGCACCAAGUGGAAGUCCAAAUGCAGCGUCAGGUGGUUCUUCACUCUCUCCUUCUUGGAUCGCAGGUAUUGUUGUUAUUGCUGUGUUUUUUGUUGCGGUGGUUGUGUUUGUCUUUUGCAAGUGUCAUGCUAAAAACCGCCACGGUAAGGUUGGAAGGGUUAAUAAUCUAGAAAAUGGAAAGGAAGUUGUUCCGAGUUUUGGGGAUGAAAAUGUUACCAUGUCAAUUAAUUUCUUCGGCAAGUAA